AUGGAAUCGUUUUUUCGCCGUAUGUCAUCGAUUGUUAGAAGAAAUAGCAAUAAAUCUCCUGAUAUAGAUGAACUUAACGGUGAAGAUACUGAGCAACAAGAAUAUUUUCGGCAAAUGCGUGAACGUCGACUUUCAGCACCCGAUAUUCGUCGACGUUCGCAUGCAGUUGAUCGGGUUCUGAUGGAAUCUGAUCAAAAAAUUGCAUUAUUCCAACAAACUAGCUUGCAAAAACUGACACCACAAACUAGCAUUGGUCUUCCCACUGGUAAACAAAACAGGUCUAAAGGUAUGCUAUUUUUAUUUAAUUCUAUGAAAUAA